AUGGAGAACCAACCCCCACCCAAAAGACCCAAGUUACGGUGGGAUGUCCCAAUGCGACAAGCUCUUUGUUGUAUGUACCGGUUUUUCCGAUGCGACAAGAUACAAAAAGAGGAGAUCUUCUUCUCAAUAUUCCGUGACUAUCUGAAAAGUCGUGGAAUUCAUCACUUUGUUCCAGGCAAAACGCUCCACGCACAGUGGCACUGGAUGAGAAACACAGGCGAUCUCGUCUGGUGUCGUGUCCAUCGGGACACCGAGUUCAACACGGACGGAGAAUGGAGGAACGUUAUCCAACGAAUUAAGUCCACUGCACUGACUCUGCGUCUUCCUCUCGUCGAGAAGACAGAGGAUGAUAUCGACACUGCUCAAUGGGGGACACGACUGGCAAUGACCUUGGGACCGAGAACCGAUUCCCCCCCGCAAACUCCUCGCAGCAUAACAUUCUCACUGCGCCAGCGAAGCGAAGAGGAAAGAAGUCAAUAUUUCGUCGAAAGUGAUCAUCAAAGCAGUGAGAGUAACACAAUGACUGUCGGCCACAAUCAAGAACAGACCGACCACCUUGAACAAGCCGACCACCUGGAGCAGACAGAGCACAUGGGAAACGAUGAGUCGGUCGUUACUAGCCAUGGAAAGAUAUGUCUCUGGUGCAAGCAUGGAUUGCCAAUUGACGAGAUGGCUGGUCCCAAUGACCACAGCCAGCAGAAUGAUCCCGAGGAAAUCAAUAGCCCUGACCAGGACCAACAGCUUCAAUGUCAAUAUCAAGAACUCCAGUGUUGGGGCUAUAAUGAGCAAGACCAACCUCACCGCCAUGGACAAGGCCAUCACCGAGACCUUGAGAAAGCAAUGCACGGAGUUCCCCCUGAGGAUAUGCCACCGUUGCUGUUUCGUUGGUCAAACCGUGACUCUCAAGGAGUCAACUCAAAGACCGUUCUCCUAGCGGGCCUUUUCUGCAAUGGGGAAUGCUCUAACCCGGAAGACUUCUCUGAAGACCAGUUCGAGAGCUUCUUUCGAAGCCAUGUCACCAAGGAGAAGGUCAGGACACCAUUCAUUUCGACUGCUCGAUCUCCUUUGGCACCUUUUCACCGUGCAAUUGCUGGUCAAAAUGGCGCCUUGCUGACUAUUAUCGACACGUCGAAGCUGCAAACGAAAGUCUUUUAUGCCCAUCCGCUUGCGAUUCGGACUCGGACUUUAGUAUACAGGGGCUGGCAGGGCUUUGGGGAGUACCUCAUCUGGGGCCGUGUCCCAGCUGAGGCAAUUGCUUUCAGCGUGGGGAUCACUAGUGUUGAACACAUCACACAAUCCCGCCGCGAUUUAAAUCGCCUGAUGCAAAUCCCAGUCAUCCGCAGCAGCAAACGCUGCGAUGACAAGCUGCGUGAUAUGCUGGCUUUGAAAAGGAAGUCGCCUUUCCAAUCUGGUCGAACUCUUGGGAAAUUGUUAACUCUUCUCCAAGUUCCAGCGAUCCACUGGGAAAACCUGGCCUCUGAGUUUGCCAAGGCAUGGGGUUGGAGACAUAAGAAAGAGGCUGCUGUGUUUCAGAGCGGAAUUCGAAGUGGACCACCAUACAUGCUUGAGGAAUUGUCAGAUUCUGAAUGUGAGGUUCCAUGGCCCACACCUCAAAAGACACCUGGAAAGACCUCCCAGAAUAUGCAGUUCUCAUCUGACUACGUUUCCGAUGUAGACUACGAGCCACCUGAGACCGACGAAGACUCGGGAGGGAUAUCUGAGCCGGAAGGCGUGGACGAGUCUCGAUCCAUGACGAUCUGCGAUAUGAGCGAGACAUCAGAUGACGAAAAGUUCUCAACACAUGAGACGCUGUCCAGUGGGAUUUUCUCUGAGAACGAUCACCCCGAACCCUCCUCGGGGCCGGUACAUCAUCAAGAGGUAAUCGACCUUACCUCGGAUAACGAGGAUACUAGUUCUCAGCGGGCAUUGCAACGGGACUGGCCAUCCGACGAUGAUGAAUAUAUGUACCCUGAUACGCCUACAAAGAUUGGGAGAAGGAUCCCGCUGCAAUCGGGAAAUAGGACCAACCACAAGCUUCUGCUAAAUGGUCAUCUGGAUAUGGACGUUUUUGAGAAAGUCCGAAACUGGGCUUACCACGAAAACCAACAUAAGGAUAUUUGA